AUGGUAGAUCUUAAGAAGACCGAAGUUGUGCAGAAAUGGCCCAGACCUACUUCUCCUACAGAGAUUCGCAGUUUUUUAGGCUUAGCAGGCUAUUAUAGGCGUUUUGUGCAGGAUUUCUCCAGAAUAGCAGCGCUACUGACCAAGCUAACACAGAAAAAUAAAAUCUAUGGGCAUAUAGCCCCUGCAAAGAGACUUUUUGCCAAAGAUAUUCAGAGACUAGAAGGUACAGGUAUCAGAUUUAGUAUCGGAAAUUCAGAGGCAUUGUUGGCUUGUACUCAGGCUAAGUCUUCAUUAGUUGAGCGCAUUAAGGCCACCCAAUAUGAAGAUGAACGAUUAUGUAAAUACAGAGAUGAGGUCUUAGCUGGUAAAAGCAAGGAUAUGAUUGUUGAAAGUGAUGGUGUUCUUCGAAUGGGAGACAAGCUAUGUGUAGCAGACGUAGAUGGGUUGAGACAUGCUAUUCUUAAAGAAGCCCACAACUCUAAAUACACUAUACAUCCUGGAUCCACAAAAAUAUACCAUGACCUGAAGCAAUUUUAUUGGUGGGAAGCUUCUAGUCCAGUAUUCAAAUUGCACCGUACGAAGCAUUGUACGGUAGAAGAUGUACUAUUAGAUGGUUUGAAGCUGUUGAUCAGACAGAGAUUGCUUGCAGCUCAAAGCAGACAAAAAUCUUAUGCGGAUAAGAGAAGAAGAGAUUUAGUGUUCACAAUUGGGGACAAAGUGUUCCUACGAGUCUCUCCUAUAAAAGGUGUGAUGCGAUUUGGGAAAAGAGGUAAGCUGAGCCCCAGGUUUAUAGGACCGUACGAGAUAAUAAACCGAGUGGAAGCGGUGGCUUAUCGUUUGGCACUUCCUCCUGAGAUAUCUUUUAUUCACCCAGUGUUUCAUGUCUCAAUGCUAAGAAAAUAUAUAUCAGACUCAUCACAGGUGCUUGAAGCACCAACUAUACCGCUUGAUGAGAAGUUGUCUUAUGAGGAAGAGCCGAUGGCAAUUGUUGAUAGACAAAUAAGAAAACUAUGGUCAAAAGAAAUUGUGUUCGUGAAAAUAUUAUGGAGAAAUCAUACUGUUAAAGAAGCUACAUGGGAAAUAAAAGAUGCUAUGCGAGUCAAGUAUCCUCAUUUAUUUCAGUUUACAGGUACGUACCAGAGCUAA